UCUAUGGGAAAAAUACAGGUAACAGCUGGAUAGCAUUAGCGUAGCUAGGACCCUACUAGUCUGUAACACUGCAGUUUACUAGUUUACUAUUAGAAAUCGCGACAACUUUUGUAAACAACUAAGAGCGCCUUUAAUAUAACACACACACACAAAAAAACAACAAUAACGCUUGGGUUUUUAGCGCCUUUAACCUUUGUGGUAAAGCUAGUCCUCUGUUUGCGGUAUCUAUUAGCGACACACACUCAUGUGCUUUACGAAGAAACUACUAGAAAAAUGUUUAGUACCUCAGUCUUUUCUGGCAAAUGAAGAAAAAAAAUUGAAGUUACAAGAUGAGUGGAAAUCAUAGACGGAUAGAAAUGGACCUGGCUUUUGGAUCAUCGUCAAAGUCUUAUGGGUCAUCCAGAAGUAUUGUCAGAAGAAUUGCCACAAAUCUUCCCUUAGCGCCCUGCCCUCGUGUCCAUUUUCAGCUUCAUCCAUUCACUGCAGGAGCGAGUUUCCUCAACAGUUCAAAUGGGCCAAAUGGACUUGUGGUCACACUCGCUGAUGUGGGCUGGAUGGACAGAGAAGAGAGCGCUGGCUCUGGCAGAAACAGGUUUGAGACAGAUUCUGGGUUGUUUUUCCGUACCCAGCAGCGCAGACCCCUGAGACGUCGGCGGUCAUUACCCAGCGUGCACCAGGCUGAACCUGCACCACAGAGUCAGACAAUCAUCAACGAUGAAGCCAUUCAGAAAAUCAGUGCUCUGGAGACUGAGCUGGCCAAACUCGGAGCGCAAAUCGCACAGAUCGUUCAGGCACAGGAGCACAGCGCUCAAUCCACAGUUUCAGCUCCAGCACCUGGUGGUCCCCCUGUGCCCCAAGCUCCACCAAUGACUCCAGUUCCUCCUCCACCACCUCCUCCUCCUCCUCCUCUAUGCCCCGGCAUGCAGAGGAGCUAUUCCGCCAUUGAUCUCAUCCGAGAGCGGCGUGGGAAAAAGACUGAAGAAAAGACCGUACUGGACUCGGCACCUAAAAAGACAGAGCUUCCCAACAUGCUAGACGUACUCAAAGACAUAGGCAAAGUGAAGCUGCGCUCAGUUAAGAGUCAUCAAGAGGACACGAAACCAAAACCUGUUGAGCCCACAGACGCUGCAGCAUUAAUCGCAGAGGCCCUGAAACGCAAGUUCGCUCACCGCUACCGGAGCGAUAGUGAAUGUGAUGGCAACUUUAACUUGAUAGAUCCUGAGAAUAAGACCCAUGUAGAAACACCAGAGUUUGGACAGCAUAUGUUAAAAUCAACUGGAAGGAGGAAACUGUACUAGGAUGGAGCAACUCAUCUGAGCAGGUUAAUGUAGUUAAC